AUCAAUAUCCGUAUAUUACCGUCGGAAAUAUAUGAAUAUAAAGUGUCAGUGAUGGCUCUCUGUGCCGGUCGUUUGCCGUUCCCGAAGCUCACGAUUCGCAGUUCGAUGUUUAAUUCAGCAACACUAGACGAAAUUACUUCGGUUUCAAUUCCGAAUGCUAUAUUUAUAUUAUUAUCUAUUAAUGUUCGAAAAGAGCGAUCAUUGUGUUCCAGUUGUGAGGGAGAUGAAUUUCGUUUUAUUCUUACUUGCAUUGGUUGGUUUUGGUUCGGAUUGAUGCUAGCGCUACUGCUGCGGCUGGUGAUGUCGUAUGAUGAUGAUGGAAUAAUAAUAAUAUCUUUGGAUUUCUUAGUGGUGUUUCCUGAUUUGGCGAUCAUCAGUGCUGGGGCUCACCUGAUCGAAGGUGAAGGGAAUAGACAGUUAGCAAAGAUUAAAGUCGUCGAUCUUUGA